UGAGGGGCUUUGAGGGGCUUUGAUGGCCCGUGAGGAGCUCUGAGGUGUCCAGAGAGAUUUGAAAGCUCAGAGGGGCUUUUUAGGGGCCGUGAGGGGAUUUGUGGGAUCCUGAGGGUGGUCUCGGGGGCCGCCGCGAUGGUGGAGAAGGACGAGUCCAGCCCCGGCGGCAUCAGCGAGGAGGAGGCGGCUCAGUACGACCGCCAGAUCCGGCUCUGGGGGCUCGAGGCCCAGAAAAGGUUACGGGCGUCGCGGGUGCUGCUGGUGGGGCUGCGCGGGCUGGGGGCUGAGGUGGCCAAAAAUCUCAUCCUGGCCGGGGUCAGGGGGGUCACCCUGCUGGACCACCAACAGGUGUCCCCCCAGGACAGCCGGGCCCAGUUCCUGAUCCCCGCGGGUUCCCUGGGUCGGAACCGGGCCGAGGCCUCGCUGGCGCGGGCGCAGAGCCUGAACCCCAUGGUGGAGGUCAGGGCUGACCCCGAGAGCGUGGAGAGCAAAGGCCACGAGUUCUUCACACAGUUCGACGCGGUGUGCCUGACCUGCUGCUCCAAGGAAUCCAUGGUGAGGAUCAACCAGAUCUGCCACAAGAACGGCAUCAAAUUCUUCACCGGCGACGUCUUCGGCUACCACGGCUUCAUGUUCGCCGACCUGGGCCAGCACGAGUUCGUGGAGGAGAAGCCCAAGGUGGCCAAGGCGAGCGCGGGGCUGGAGGACGGACCCGAGGCCAAGCGGGCGCGGCUGGAGGCAGCAGAGACCACCAUGGUCAAAAAGCAGCUGCAGUUCUGCCGCCUGCGCGAGGCCCUGGCGGGGCCGGCCCGGGCCAGGAGGUGGCGCUGCGCAGAACGGCCCCCGAUUAUUUCCUGCUGCACGUUCCUGUUUCUCGGAGAUGGCCCCGGUGUGCGCCGUGCUGGGGGGGGUGCUGGGCCAGGAGGUGGUCAAGGCUCUGUCCCACAGGGACCCCCCCACAAUAAUUUCUUCUUCUUCGACGGCGUCCGGGGCCAGGGCCUGGUGGAGCGCCUGGGACCCCCCCCGAAAUGAGGGGGAACCCCAAAAUCAGGGAC